AUGUCCAAUCACGGUGUCCCCCAGCUUGGCUUGUGGGAAAAAGCAGAUCUCCCAUUCCUACACCUGUCCGUCUUUGCCAGUCUGGUGUAUGCUGCCAUUACUGGUGUUUUCCGGGGUAAAGCCAGCCCCAAGCGCUAUGAUCAUCAUGUUCUAGCGGCCGUGAUUCGGAAAAUGGUGGAUCGGAGGUCAGAUCGGCAGACACAGUAUCUCACCCCUCCAACUUCAGUCGCCUACGCAGCCGUCAUGAAAAAGCGUGGCCUUGAACCCGAGACUGUUGCGCUCCCACACGAUGCAGAGGGCCACUGGAUCGGAAAUAAAAAUGCCAAGAACGUGAUUAUAUACUACCACGGUGGCGGUUUCGCCAUGCCCGCCAUUGCUGCUUACUUUGAUUUCUGGCUGGAGAUGCUGAAUGCCCUGAAUGGAACUGGCCACGACUUGGCCGUUUUCUUCCCGCGGUACACACUGACCCCACACGCCUCGUACCCAACUCAGCUUCGCCAAGCCGUCGAGGCCCUGCGCUACAUCAUCAAUGAGACUGGUCGCUCGCCCGCCAACGUGAUUAUUGGCGGGGAUUCCGCGGGCGGGAAUCUGACUGCCGCGACACUGUUGCACCUGUCUCACCCGCACCCUGAGAUCGAGCCUUUGACGCUCUCGGUGCCGUUGGCAGGCGCCUUUACAUACGCGCCGUGGAUUAACUUUAGUACGGAGUGGCCAUCGAUGAAGGAGAAUCAGUGGAAAGAUAUUGUUACGGAGUCGGUUUUGACUAGGUGGUCCGAUGCAUAUCGGGCAGAUAAGCCGGCGGAUAAUUGGAAUGAGCCAUUGAAUGCGCCGGCUGAGUGGUGGAGUGAUGUGAAGGCGGAGAGGAUUUUGGUUCUUGCUGGCGAGGAUGAGAUUUUGCUUUCGCCUAUUCAGGAAUUUGUGAAGAAGAUCAAGUCGGUCUUUGAGGAGGUGACUCUUGUCGUCGGGCAGUAUGAGUCGCAUGAUGCGCCGUUUUAUACGAUGACAAAGGAGGACUCCCAGACCAAGACGGAGUUGCGACAAUGGUUGGCUGCUCGGCUGUGA